AUAUAUAUGACGGGCCUUACAGAUAUUAGUCAUUUCGAAAUAUUUCGUAUACUGGACUAUUUAAAGGCGGAAUGUGAAAAAAGAAACAAAAAUGAACUUUAUGACACCUUUAAAUAUGCGGACAUCUUCAAUUUUGCCGGCACCUGUAGGAAAAUUCGACGCAUCGUUAAAGCCUGGUCGAUAUCAAUGUAUAAUAACAUGGAGAUCGCUACUCUCCAGGAAGUGCCACACAGCCACAUGACAGUCAAGUUCGAGAGGAUACACCAAAUUUUGCAAGGAGCCACAGCGGAAAGAGUCGACCAGUAUCUUGACAAAUUUAUAAGGGCCUUGUUGAAGAACCCCCUGGUUAAAAGCCUUGAGCUUAGUUACAAAUCUGAUUCAUAUUUCAGUUAUCACCAAUAUAUAUUUGACGAAAUCGUGCUGGCCAUUUCCGGCCAAUUUAAGCGAGUUAAGGUGGAUAAAGAUCGGCUUCCAAAAAUCAAGAAGAUCACUGUGAAUAUAGCAGGCAACAAUCUAAUUGAGAUUGCAAAUACUCGUAUUGGCAAGCUAAGCCUGACCGCAUCACUUGCCAUUUCGGAUCUGACGGAGUUCUGUGCCAGGAAUCCCGCGCUGGUGACCCUGGAAAUAAAUCGUAGCCACUUCUCCGAUCAUGGACAGCUAAACCAAAUCGUUGGUCAUUGCCCUGCGCUGAAGCAACUAAAGUUCGUGAUAAGCGAUAAUGCCCGAGAUAGGGAAUAUGUAAAGCUGGCGCUCCUGGAUAAGCUGCAGCACCUGGAAAUUGUUAAACAGCCGGUGCAGAUUAUGGACUUUGGCUGGGAUGAAGACCAUCACCCCGAGGACAUUGCAUCCAAAGGAGCUCGAUUGGACCCCGAUCAUGAGGACGACUCAACCUUAGAUAAUAGCACAUCUCUACUCCUACUCAUCAAGGCUCUUUCGGAUAAGAAAACGUCCAAGUUAGUUCAACUCCGGCUAAAGUUCAAGAUUAGUGACGAUGUCGUCCAGGCUAUUGCCCAGAUUAAAGGCUUAAAGCUGCUGGAAUGCGGAUUUUGCAAUAUCAAGAGUAUUGAGCACCUGAAGAGACGCCCAAAGCUCAACCAACUGAUCAUCCGCAAUAGGGAUCACAUUAUUACGGAUGAUGUUGCUGAGCUCCUAAGUGAACAAGUCACUGUGUCAAAUUCCUUUACCAAAAUGGCCUUAAAUGAACUAGGACACCUCUAUAUUAAAACUAAUGAUGCGGCACUCUUUAGGUUUGUUAGUUUAGAUCCUCUUCUAAGGUGCCUGUAA